AUGGUUCUGGCACGGCUGGACUUGCUGGAGGUGGGAUUAACCACUCAGGUCAGUGCUACGCGCGCCAUUGGGAACGGGAUUCUCGCCAGCCCGGCGGACACAGCCAGCCGUUUGAGUCGUCGCGUCAACGCGCUAGAUCUGGAGAAGAAGAGAGGUGAAGAUACACUUGACGUUGUGCAUCAAGUUGCUGAGCUGAAGGCUUGCGUUCAUGGCGCCGUGGGCUCCAUGGGGGCUGCACAGGAUUGGGAGGCUGCGGCGAUACAUGUUUCCCGGGCGAACAAGGUUCCCGAGGAGAUUGUCAAAGGCAGCUUUGCGAAUGAUUCUGUUAGAGAGAAGUGUUUGCAAGGGUGUCGCAGAUUCUUAUAG